AUGGCCUCGACCGCGCUCAACGUUCUCCUCCGCCCGCGCGUCUUCGCCCGGGCGACGCGCACGGUGGCUGCGCGACGCUCGACGGUCGUUCGGGCCGAAGGCGCGUCGGAACGAUUGCAAGACGCGCUCAAGGAAGCGGAGCAGUGCGUGGACGAUUGCGCGGUGCUGUGGGACGACGUCGAGGAGCUGAGCGCGGCGACGAAGGAUUCGAGCGACGACUCCAUGCAGGAAGUCGCGAUCUCUGAUGCGGAUAAGAAGUUCAUCGAGUCCACCAAGGCUACGAUCGCCGCGGCGCGCGCGGCGGGCUCGGUCGAUGAGAAGACCAUGAAGGAGAUCGAAGCCGCUGCGAAGGGCGUGAAGGAGGUUGCCAAGAAGGUCAACCAAGCUCGCGUUGCGAAGAUCGAAGCGGCGCUGGAAGCUGCCCUCGCCGCGGCGAAGGAAUGCACCGAUGACUGCGCCGUGGCGUGGGAGACGGUUGAGGAGUUGAGCGCCUCGAAGAGCCGCGAGACCAACCGGGACUAG